CUUUCGCCUUCUGCUCCAGCUUCAAGACAUUAAAUAACAAAAGAACAUAAUAAUGCAUAGAAGCAGUAGUAAUUACCAGAUAACAGUAUAGCGAGGGAUAAAUGUCAUGGAAUCGUCACCUAUUGCCCCGACUGCAGGGGUACAACAGUCACAGUCGCCUUCUCAAUUUCUCGAGUCGCUCUCUUUAUGUGUUCAUCCUGAUUCGCAACUACUAAUCUGCUUCGACGAGGACUGCAGACAUGCGAUCUCCCCUAAUGGUUCCCAUCCCACCGAUCAUCUGAGAGAUAAACACAAGAUUCCUCUAUCUCGGCGGAAAGGUCUCAGCAAGAUAUUAGCUACCCUGAACCUGAAAAAUCCAGAACAGGCUGCGCCUCUUGUAGAUGGUUCGCCUGAAGACAAAAGGCUCCGGUCUUACGAUGGAUUUUCUUGUCUGUAUUGCAAGUAUCGCACCAUCAACCUCACGCUCAUCGUACGACAUUACAGCCAAGAUCUGCCCCGCAACACCCGCGGAAAUCUACCAGGAGGGCAGACAUUGAGACAUAUUUCGAGUACGUGUAUUUGCAAGCAUGGGCCUCUGGGUCAUCUCGAGCCUACUGGAUUGUUGAACGCGAUGGUCGACUGGUCCGACCGGCGGUAUACGUGGUCUGGUUUUGAGCGGUCGAGACAGGACUGGCGAUGAACAACAAGA